AAAAUAUACAUAGAGAAAAUAAGAGGGUACGAGAAAGAAAAGUGGGGACAGAGGAGUGCAAGAGAAAAAGAACGAGAAAGAUAAAGAUAAAGAUAAAGAAAGAGAAAAAGAGAGAGAGAGAGUGAUACUCGCAAGAGAUCAAGUAAACGACGACUAUACGUCAUAGGCGAGUACGCGCGUGGCGAUAUACGAACUAUACCCGUGGCAUCUUCUCUCUUGAUACUUAAACUGGUGGUGCGCUUUGAAGCCGGUCGCUUUAUAUGUUGUUGUUCGUGCGCUUGGAAUCCGUUACGACGACGAGUUCUUCUCGUGGCGUUUCUCCCGAUCGGACGCCGCCAUUGUUAUCGUCCGCGUUUGAGAAGAGAAGACGACGCUCGGUCGCGUCCUAAUACAUAAAGAUUACUACGAUCGGUUGUUUCUUUUACUCUUUACGAGAAGAGGAAGAAAAAGAAGGUUGGAAAGGUUAAGAAAGUUUUAUAAUAAGAAAGAGAGAUAGAGAAUAAAGAAAAAAAGGAAAAGGAACCAGCAGUGGGCUCUCGUGUACACAAAGUGUCCAGUGCAUUAUGUGAUUGUUUUCCCAGCGACGCGCUUUCCUCGGCCACCGGUGAUCGAUUCGAAGAGCGUGAAGGAUGCAGGGACUGACGUUCCCGCGUCGGAAAGGGAGAUUCACCCCGUCGUCGUCGUCCUCGUCGUUGCUAGUACUACUCCUACUGCCACUGGCCGAGCUACCCCUCGCGAACGGUUCUUGCGAGUUUCCAGCAAGUUGGGCGGGAGAAUGGUAUCAACACGGAAAACCGGUACCUAUUAUCAUAAAUGCAACGAUGUUAGGCGAAAGAAAAUGCGUGGAAAGAAGAAAAGACAAGUUUAUUACGUACGGUGAUAAAUGUUACCACUGUAUGAUCAUUACUGCCAGGCACGAAAACGUCAUUCAAUAUCGCGAAGGAUUCUGCAAUCCAGACCCAAUGGAUCUGGAAAACAUGUGCUCGAUGAUCGGUUCGGACGAUAUUCUAUAUUCUAUGUUUCGGAUAAACUCUAAGCCCAUACCUUGUCCAUUCAGCGGCCCUCCAUUCACUUUUUCGUAUAAUCGAGGAUACCGAGAGUGCGCAGUACCUAUAAGUUUGGCCGAACGAUGUACAGACGAGAGUAAGCUUCUUCUUAAAUAUCAGGCUUGUCCGGACAUCGAUGGAACGGAAAGUAAUACGGAAGAGUUGCAGUGCCUAGCGGUGUGGAACGACGGUGGACGUAAUAAAUAUUUAGUGGGUACAUUAAAGGGAAGAAAUGCUGUUGCUAAUGAAAUAACAUUUAGGUGCUUUUUGUACGAAGAGAAACAUCAUCAGGGAAAAGUGGUUUAUAUGCUCGCUCAUUCCGGAGAACCUACUUGCAAUGGUUUGACGACGGUAUCCGAGGCAUCCCUUACAAUAAAACUAACGAAAGUGGACAAAGAACACAGUAGAUGCAAAUAUCCAUCAUGGGUUACACAACAUCACGAUUGGCAUUCAUUGGAUGGCACAAAAAUGUAUCACUUUACAAACAAGAAUGCAACUCUUAAAGUAAAGGCACAAGAAACCGAUAGAGAAGCAUUUCACGAGGAAAAAAUUGUAUGUCAUAAUUUAGAAAAGAUGCAUCCUAACGAUAAUAUGCAAGGUCACAAAGUGAAGUUGAUAGCUCAUGUGACCAGUGGUUGUGACAUCGGUUACGUAUGUAUGAUAUUCCAUAAGAGAGAUGGACACAUUAUUGAAAUACAACAAUCCGCACAAAAGGCAAUCAUGCCAGAUGAAGUCUGUUCCCUUUGGGAUCCUUCGAAUAUGCCUUAUACGACUUUAAUAACUUCUUUCCUACAUCAAAGAAAAUGUUCACACGCCGGUCGGUACUCCAUCAUGGAUUUUGCCCCUUCAAACGUAUUCUCGGAUACUCCCAGACGACAGCGUCGCAGUGAGAAAUCUUCGAAAACGGCAAAAAGAAGGACAUGGCAGGACGAUAUUGAAGACGAGGAGUGUAGGAGUACGGAUAUUCAAAUAGGAUGCAGCUCGUCUGAUCAAAAUGAAAUGGUAAUAGCAAAUACUUGUGAACACGAAGAAAAAGCAUAUUCAUGUCACGGUAGUUGGGAAGAAAAAGGUAUAUGGUAUACUAUAGUGUCUCAAAAAAGUACAGAACUUAGGGUAGGCCUAGGACAAACGUAUUGUUUCUCAAUGCGGCCUGGUACAAAUCCAGAAAAAAGUCAAGAUAGGAGUAAAUCGUUACAACAAGAACAAGAAUUAUGGCUUUCGAAGCCAACACGUUUUUGUCAAAGGAAUGGAACAAAUGAAUGGACGUAUAGACUCUCCAGUCAAGGUGUCUGUGAAGAUUUAAUGAAGGCAGCGUCGAGUUUAGCGUCUACUUUCUCAUUGAGUAGCAGUACGAUUAUCGUUACAAUAGUCACAACGACGCACACGAUAUUGUCCAGAUGAUUCGACAGAAAAGGCUUGUAGAUAUUGACUGCUACUUAAAACAUAAACUAUAAUUAACAGCAGCUACUAACAGGCCAAUCGGUCAAUAUAACAUUAUUAUUAUUAUUAUUAUUAUUAGUAUUAUUAUUAUUAUUAGUAUUAUUAUUAUUAUUAUUAGUAUUAGUAUUAUUAUUAUUAUUAUUAUUAUUAUUAUUAUUAUUAUUAUUAUUAUUAUUAUUAUUAUUAUUACUAUUAUUAUUAUAUUGACAAAAGAAAUAGGCAAACAUCGAUGAUUGAAAAUGAUAGUUUAAACUUUCUAAAAAAUUGCUAGUUUUUUAAUAGUAAAGGAAACGAACAAUAUACAACUUAAGGAACGAUCGAAUACAUUAUAAAAGCUGCAAAGCAGCCAGAAAAAAUUCUCUUAUAUGUUCAAAGGCUGUUGCAAAGGUUGUUUAUUGAAACAAUUUAAUUUCUGUCACUGUUCAAAUAAUUGUUAUAAAAUCAUUUUAUUUUUCUAUACAUAUUAGGAAUGUAUAUGCUGACAGAAUAACCGGUGAUUUUUCGAUAACAUUAUAAAUUUGAGCUUACGAUUAAAUAGAUGUUGGUACUUAUUCCUCUCGUAAAGUAUGUAAAACUGUACGUAACUGUCGAUGCUCUGAAGUUUUAGAAAUAUAUUUUAUAUUUGUAUAUCUCUAAUGUUUAUACUGUUUAUACUAGCAUGGCCAAUUUUUACGCAAUAAUUCAUAAUAUCAUUGCAACGAUAUCUCUAAGGACCUUACCACGUAACAAAUACCGAAUGUGUUAAGAAUUGUCGCAUCAAAGCAGAUAUGGAUUGAUCUUUAAUUUAGCAGAAAACGUUGUUGCGUUAUGUACAACGUAAGAAUAUUUUUCUUUUAACGGAAUAUGACAUUGGUACCUACUGCCCGUUCCUAGUAGCUCUUGAAAUAAAACUAUAAAAAAAAAAAAAAAAAAAAAAAAAGAAAAAAAAAAGAAAAAAGAAAAAAAAAGAAGAGAAAAAGAAAAAUAAUAAAUAUCCUUCUUUUAUACUGACAUAGAUACGAGUAAUCAUGAUAUCUUUUUAUUAAAAUGAUUCUAUAACAUUCCAAAUAUUAUAUAAUCGAUUAAAAAAGUUCAAGCACCAUUAUUAGCCACGAAAGUAAAAUCAAUGAUAAGAUUCUAAUGCAUUUAUAAUUAAUAUUUUUCAAUCUGUCAAUUUUUAUAUUAUUUCAAGUUGACCCGUAAGUUGUUAGUUACAGUAUAUUUAUAUACACACACAUAUAUAUAUAUAUAUAUAUUUUCUUUUUAACGAACAGACAUUACUAUCCCAACAUUAUAUCGUUGGUAGAUCUUCAAAUUCUAUAUCUCUCAUUUAACAGAAAAUGUUAAAAGAUAUAUCUAAUCUAACAGGUAUAGAUUAUUAGCAACAGUCUUUGAAUAGAACCAUUUCUAAAGUUGUAGGUUUGAUAAAUUGAUGUAAAUUAUUAAUAACCAAGCUAUUGUAAAUAAAACCAGGGUAUAAUUAAUCGAUACUACUUCAUUUGAUUUAUACUCAAUUGAAAAUGAAGUAAUAUAUGUAAUUAUAAAUUAUAGAUAAUUAACACGAUAAAUUCGUUUAAUGUAAUAGCGAAUGAACAGUUUUUAUCUUAUAGCUAGUUAUACAUACAUAUAUGUGUAUAUCUGUAUAUAAUAAUUUAAAUAUUGUAUAAAGACUGUUUUUAAAGAGUAAAAAGUUUACACAGCUCUCGACCACGUUUAGCUAAUGAAAGAGGAAGAAAAGAGCAACAAAAAAAAAAAAAAAAAGAAAAAACAAAAAAAGAAGAAAGAAUGAAAGAAAGAAAGAAAAGAAAAGAAAAGGAGAAAAAAAACUAGAAGGCAUACAUACGUGGCUUUGAGCGCGCGUCCUCUGAUACAAUUUUCGAUUUAAGAUAUUCUUGGAAAUAAAAAAAAAUAUUUGUAUUUUGCCGAUAAUUAAUAUGUUUCUACUGAAUGGCAUUGUACGAGAGAUAAUCAACGAGAUUGAUCUCUGGGCAAAUACAAGAUUUAUAUUUAACUUUGUGAAAUAAAAUGCUUUGUCUUUUUA